ACGUUUGCCCUACUGUCAAACAACACUGUCAGGGGAGUCGUGCGUGUAAUUCGCCCCGAUGCGCUUCUCUUACCAGAGUUAGCUCAUCUGCUAGUUGACGGACAAAUCGGUACUUUGAAUAAGCGUUUUUUACAGAGCCUUCAUCCAUACAACCAAUGCACAGCAAGACAGUGACUGAAGGUGACAAUGUGACUCUGAUGUGUAGCGUAUCUGGAAUGCCUCCAUCAAUGGUGUCUUGGAUGAAACAUAAUGGUCAGCUUCAUAGUGGACAUCUGUUGGAGCUUGUAAACAUUAGCAGGAAUGAAGCUGGUGAAUACAAAUGUGAAGCCAGUAAUGAGCGUGGUAAUGCAAUAGAGAUGGCAACAAUUGAUGUGCAGUAUGCACCCACGAUUACAAACAUUUCUGGUGGGCAGACUGUAGACAAAGGUGACGUGUUGAGUUUGUUCUGUAUGGCAGAAGGUAAUCCAGCACCAACUAUAACCUGGACACUGGACAAAAGUCGCCGACAACAGUCCAGUGAACUUCUCAAUGAUUAUCCGUGGUAGUCAGGAUGAAGGACUGUACAGAUGUACUGCUGAGAAUGGUGUUGGAAGCUCUGUGACUAGGGAUGUCAGCAUCACAGUACAUCGUAAGGGAAUUAUUUA